CCGGAUGAAUUAUGCAUGUUGCAGUCCUUGAGCAUCAUUGAUCUUUCUCAAAACAUGUUUUCUGGUCGUAUACCUUCUUGUUUGGGGAAUUUAACUCUUCCAAUUCAAGAGGACAAGAUUCUAACUCAAGGUGUGUUUUUCGAAGAAGACGAACCGACGAUCUUUUGGACAUCGAAAUUGGGAAGAAGGGGUACAGAUGAUGAUGAGUAUCCAAGCAGCUACAUCGAAGAAUCUAUAGAGUUCACAACAAAGAGUGCAUCCUUAUCAUAUAGUGGCAAAAUCCUUAAUAUGUUAGCUGGGUUUGAUUUAUCCUGCAACAAGUUAACCGGUCGAAUUCCGCCCGAUUUUGGAAACUUGAGCCAAAUCCAUUCUUUAAACUUGUCACACAAUAACUUGAUCGGAGUUAUUCCUUCGUCAUUCUCUAAUCUUAAGCAACUUGAGAGCUUGGACCUUUCUUACAACAACUUGGCUGGUAAAAUCCCAAAUCAGUUGGUAGAAUUGAACUCUUUGGAGGUUUUCAGUGUGGCGCACAACAACUUGUCAGGUAGUAUUCCUGAACAAAAAGCUCAAUUUGGGACCUUUGAUGAAAGCAGUUACGAGGGUAACCCUUUUCUCUGUGGACCUAUGAUACAUAAAAGUUGCUCGAAAACUGAUCCACCUUCAACCGUAUCGACCGCAUCAAACGAUGAAGAAGAAGAUAGCUUGCUAGAUAUGUAUGUUUUUCGUGUGAGCUUUCUGGUGUCUUAUGCGGUUAUGUUGUUGACAACUUUUCUUGUACUCUACAAUCCAUAUUGGCGAAGAGUUUGGUUUUCUUUCGUCGAGAUGUGCAUCACUGCCUGUCGAUACUCGACCGUCGUCAAUUUCCUUGCAAUCUACAUCUUCAGGAGAUCUGUUUAGCUGUCACGAAGAUUU